AUGAAGCUGUGGUUCGAGGAUGGUGACGAGAGGCAGCAGAAGUUCACAACUGUCUGUGUUGGCAGUGGAGAGGUUAUCCUUCAGGAAGAAGAGAGCGUGAUGGGGGAGGCCGGAGAGGGAGAGUUCUUCCCAUUCCAAGAAGAGAUGCUGAUCAAGUCGGUCAUGAUCGUGGGAUACGGGAAUACCAUCAACGACUGGAAUAGCAUCAACGAGAUCUGGCUGUGUGAAGGAGGCCAGGAAUCUUCCAGGAAACUUCUGGGAAACAUCUAGGGAAUCUUCUUGGUGGCGGUCCGCGGUGGACGGAGACACGACCCACGCCCCGCCACAACCUCUCGUUCAACAUCGGCCGUGCCCAUGGGGGUCCCGUAAAUCGACAAUUCCAACUGGCAAGGGCCCCGCUGGUGGAGAGGGAAUCAAUUUGUAGAUAGGAAGGCUUUCCGUGUGUCAGUCGCGGGGUCGCUGAGGAAGCUGCGGGCACUGUUGUAGAUAUCCUGGUUUUUCUGUCGCAAAAACACGGGGGCUUCUCUUGCAAUGAAUUCAUGUAGUACAACGUCUGGUGGUUAACGACUUCGUGCAGUACAACCUCUUGGGGUUGUUAAACCAACGGGGGGUUUUCUCUUGCCUUUGCUUCAUGCAGCAGUACGUGUCUGGUGGUUAUUACAACAACAGGGUUUCCCUUGGAUUAACUUCAUACAAUACAAGUUUGGUGAUAAGUACCAUAACACACACACAUACGUAGGACGGGGGUGGUAGGGGAUCAGGCAUACCACGCUCCUGGGGUUAGGAUAAUACAAACCGGGCGUCUAAGAGCGCGCUAGGCAGCCCAAGUCUGCGUUGCUCUCUGAGUGAGUGAGUGAUGUGCAAUAUCCCCCGAAAAGGGUGGUUGUGGUAUCAUUUUCGUUCAGCCGAGUACUGAGGGCGGGGCUCCGUCGACUUAGGGUGGCCACGUCUGUGCACCGUCGCAGCCUCUGUACCAUAGCGUAAGGAGGCGUUCGUUCCGUUAUGGGAAGACCGGACUCUCGCCCUUGGAGUUAGACCGAUAUUGUUAGCUAUUGGUAGGAAGGAUUUGUUCUUUUCCGUCUAGAAUGGGAGAGAUGUCGGGCCCUCUCGGCUUUGUGUGAAAAAAAUUCUGAACGCCCACGUUCGGAUCGUCUCUUUAUUCAUGGGUUGAGGGGUUUCUACAACCCUCAAUUGAGAUAUUAUUAGGUUCUCGCCGUCGGGGGUGAGGGCUAACGGUUCUGUUGUGGCUCGGGGGGAUUUUUGAGAGAUGUAUGGGGUUGCUCUCUCACUCCCGGGUGAGAGCAUAACGCAGCGGUCCGGCUGGUGUCCGUCUCAGUUGUCUGAGCUGGGAAACGAGGAACUUUGGUUCUCGCGUGAAAACAUCACAUGAUUUCACGAUUUCGACGGACUGCUUUUCAAGUAUUAUCACCGUGUUCAGCGCGUGUUUCAACGUUUUUUUUUCAUUCGGAGCAUGUCUCGCGCCUUCAGCGCACAGAUUUGGUUUUCUUGGUCCCGGGUGUAGCUUCUCCUUCUACAUCGGUGUCUUGAUCGGACUUCAAUUGAAUCGUUAUUCAUAUGUUUCCGCUCCUGCGGUACUUGCGGCAGGAUUCUUCUGACCUACAUCGUCUACUAACGUAAGAUAUUGCCGCUAGCUGCCGCUUUCCUUCGAGAGACAGUUUUUGGUUGGGUUUUGUGUGCGUGUGUGCUGCUCCGUUGGAUGGAUAAGCCCCCCCCCGUCAUAUCACGACGGUCCUGCUGCCCGCAACGGCAAAUACAAGUGGGGGGCAUCGCGGAGUGCAGUAGUGGUGGUGUGCCGUGGUAUUCCCGCCCUUCCGGCGAAUGACACUUUUAGUCCUUUUGCUCGUGCGCGUCGUGGAGCGUCUUUCAUUCAGUCAUGCUGUCGGAGAAGCGGUCGGGAUAUAGGUCCAAAUUGAGGAUGCGCGAGCAGCUCGGGGCCUCGGGUAUUACUGAGCUGGGUAUGUAGAGGAAGCUCCUUUUGUCGUGCGCUUUUUGCGUGACCUGGCCAGUAUUUUCAUGCAGUCAAUUAUGUGGGCGGUUGGUUCUAGGGUAGGUCCAGAUCGAGGAUGCGUUAGUAGCUCGGGGCCUUGGGUGUUACUGGGCUCGACAGUAAGCAGACAGUGCUCCAUUUUCGUGCGUGUUAACGCCGUCAUUCAGCCGGCAUUUUGAUUCAAUCAAUUAUAUGGGGAAAGCGAUUGGUUCCAGGGUAGGUCCAGACCGAAUGCGAUAUUUAGUAGCUCGGGGCCUACACUGUAGGGGCUGGAUAGUAAGCAAACACACCUUCAGUUUUUUCGUGCGUGUUCACGCCGUCGUUCAGCCGGCAUUUUCGUCCAAUCAAUUAUGUGGGAAAAGCGGUUGGUUUUAGGGUAGGUCCAGACCGAAUGCAAUAUUUAGUGGCUCGGGGCCUCGAGUGUAGGGGCUGGAUAGUAAGCAGGCCGCCCUUCAUUCUUGGUGCGUCAUUCAGCCA